AUGAGUCAAUCCGUUCACGAUCUUCGACUAGCGUUACGUGAAAGCGCGAAAAAACUAGACGAUACCGAGAAACUUCUAAGUAAACUUCGGAUCGAUUUCGACCAUCAACUACGAAAAAAAGAUGAUGUCAUAUCAAUGAAAGAGUUAAUUAUCAAAGAAAAAGACGCUUACAUUCUCAAACUUGAAGAAGAGAUUUUCAAACAUGAUCCAACAUUCAUAUCCGCAACAGAUCUUAACAAUGGAACGGAUAUUAUUUCCUCGCCGCGAACAUCGUUUCUCGAUGUUUCAUCGCCCAAACCACGAAUAAAACGAACAGCCAUCAGUGCCGAAUCAUCCGCUCAACAGAACAAAUCCAAAGAUUUACGAGCUGUCCUUCAAUCCUAUAGCAAAUCUGAUCGAACGAAAGAUUUCUUACGUGAUGCAUUAUUAAAUAAUGAUUUUAUGAAAAAUCUCGAAACAGAUCAGAUUAUGUCCAUUGUGGACUGUAUGUAUCCGCUGGAACAUAAGGUUGGCAGUUUAAUUAUCAAGGAAGGUGAUGUAGGAAAUCUUCUUUACAUAAUGGAAGAGGGUACGGUUGAAGUUCGUAAACUUAGUAAAGUAUUAACAACAAUGGGCCCAGGGCGAGUUUUUGGUGAAUUAGCUAUUUUAUAUAAUUGUACUCGAACUGCUUCCAUCAAAGCUCUAUCGAAUUGUAAACUCUGGGCAAUUAAUCGGCAAACAUUUCAAGCUAUAAUGAUGAAGGCUGGUAUGCAAAAACAAGCCGAACAUCUCGAACUAAUGAAAAAUAUUAAGAGUUUUGAAAAAUUACGCGAAGAUAUUCUCAGUAAGAUUGCUGACACAUUAGAUGAAGUAAGUUACGCCGAUGGAGAGUACAUCGUUCGACAAGGUGCAAGAGGUGAUACGUUCUACAUCGUCUCUAAAGGACGUGCUCAAAUUACGGAAGCAAAAUCGAAAUGGGACGCACCUAUUUAUAUUCGACAUCUUGGACGUGGUGAAUCGUUUGGUGAACCAGCACUUCAAUCAGAAGAAACUCGACCAUUCAAUGUUAUAGCCGAUGAUCCAAAUGGCGUCACGUGUUUAGUACUGGAUCGUCAAAGUUAUCGUGAGAUGAUUGCAAAUGAAUUGUCACGUUUGAAACGAGAAGAAUCAUUCAAAUAUCCACGUCGAAAUAUCGAUGAUGAACGAGAUUUGAAAAAUCUUCGUUUGGUGGAUAUUGAAAUUAUUUCCACAUUGGGCGUUGGUGGUUUCGGUCGCGUAGAAUUGGUUCGAGAUAUGCGCAAUUCGAAUAAAUACAGUCUUAAGCAAAUGAAAAAACAACAUAUUGUUGCUUUGAAACAACAAGAACAUGUAAUGAACGAACGAAGCAUCAUGAUGGAAACUCGAUCGGACUUUAUUGUCAAACUGUACAAGACAUUCAAAGAUCGAAAAUAUCUCUAUAUGCUAUUGGAAUGCUGUCUCGGUGGUGAAUUAUGGACUUUGUUGCGCAAUCAAGGAAUCUUCGAAGAACCUGAAGUUCGAUUCUAUAGUGCUUGUGUAAUCGAAGCAUUUGCCUAUUUACACAACAAAGGCAUUGUUUACCGAGAUCUCAAACCUGAAAACCUUCUAUUGGAUGACAAAGGUUAUUGUAAAUUAGUUGAUUUCGGCUUUGCCAAAAAAGUAGGUCUCGGCAAAAAAACUUGGACAUUCUGUGGUACACCUGAAUAUGUUGCGCCAGAAAUUAUUCUGAAUAAAGGCCAUGAUAUGGCUGCUGAUUGUUGGUCACUUGGUAUAUUGAUUUUUGAACUGAUCAAUGGAAAUCCGCCAUUUUCCGGUCCAGAUCCAAUGAAAACAUAUAAUGUUAUCUUAAAAGGUAUCGAUGCCAUUGAAUUUCCCCGUCGAGUUUCGAAAAUGGCGGCGGCAUUGAUCAAACGCUUGUGCCGAGAGAAUCCAGUCGAACGUAUUGGAUAUCAAAAGGAUGGAAUAAAAGACAUUCAAAAACAUCAAUGGUUUGAAGGCUUCAGUUGGGAAUGCCUGAAAAGUCGAACAUUAGUCGCACCUCAUAUUCCUAAAGUUGAACACGAUGCAGAUACAUCAAAUUUUGAUGUCUUUGCUGAAGAUGAAGGUCCAGAACCCGAGGAUGAUCUUACCGGUUGGGAUAAAGACUUCUAA